CGUGACUACAUUGACCUACUGUGUUGUAGUUAUAACGGCUGCACAGCCAUUAAAUAAUUUCCUGUUUUUUCUCCCUCUGCUUGUUUCUUCCUGUCUUUGAGGCUCUGGACCAGCACUCCCAGGAGCUGUUGGACAGAAAGACAUCAGACCUGAGAUGUGACUGCUCUCUGCUGUUGCUGUUGACUCCAGUUAAUCCUACAAGACACGCUGUGACACCAGGAGAGAUGAGUCCUCCGUCACAGAUGGUCAGUGAAGACACAUCCACUGCCACUGUGCUGAAAGGAAGUGGGGAUAAAAGCAUAAUGUGAUUUUUUUUUUUAAAAUGUGUUUCCUGCCUCUGGAUCUGCCUUAGUGAACAGGAAGCUGUUCAAGUUCCUCCUUGCACCAACCGAGCUCCGUCCUGAUUGCUUGAAACAUGGAUCAGCAUGCUGUGUGCUCCCUACUUCUGCUGCUUUUACUCCUGCGUUCAAAAGGUGUGGCUGAAGAUGAAAAAUACUUCCACAUUCUGAAGACCUGUCAGUUCAUAGAGAAAAGCUCACAGUCUGAUGUUCACUAUCAGGUUCAGUACUGGUAUAACGGACUCCUCCAGGCGUUUUACAACAGCUCUACAGAGAAGGUGGUCGGAUUCACGCACUAUGGCAAAGUGUUUGCAGAUGAGGUUAAUAAAAGUCCAGACUACCUUAAAGUUCGAAGAAAUGAUCUCAACUACUUCUGCAAAGUCCUUGGUGCUGUGCUGUACAAGGAUAUUCAAGUCAAAGCAGUGCCUCCUGUCUCCAGGCUGAAGUCAGUGACGUCUAACAGCAGUGAAGACUCUGAGGUUCUGGUCUGCAGUGCCUACAACUUUUACCCACAGCAGAUCCGGCUGUCCUGGCUGAGGGACGGCGUGGUCAUACCUGACCCCCCAGGUAUGAUGAUCACAGAGAUGCCUGGGGGAGAAUGGCGCUAUCAGAUUCACUCCUACCUGCAACACAAACUGAAUUCAGGACAAAACAUCACCUGCAUGAUUGAACAUAGGGGACUUCAGGAGCCUCAGCUGCUGAAAUUAGGUAGGAAAAGCGGUCUGAAGUGCAGUCAAACAGCGUGACGCUGGCGUGGGAAGGAGCCAUCCUCGCAACGGGGCUGUUUGUCCUGCUCGCCUCUGUAGUAUUUCAUUGCAGAAAGACUCAGUGAGCAGAAAACAACAUGUGCAUCCUGACACUGAUGUCAGAGGAAAUCGGUGCAUGUAGUCACUGUGUAGUCAAUGAUUUUGUACAUUCAAAACUCAUUCAGCUAUGAAAUAAACCAAAACUCUUUGGAUCUUAA